AUGCUCCCCAGCGCCGUGGCGGCCCACGCCGGUGCCUACUGGGACGUGGUGGCCUCCUCCGCGCUCCUGAAUCUCCCUGCCGCGCCGGGCUUUGGCAACCUGGGCAAGAGUUUCUUGAUCGAGAACUUGCUGCGGGCCGGGGGCGCCCCGCCGCACGGGCUGCAGCCGCCUGCGCCCCACGGCCCGGCGGCCGUCCUGCCCCCCACCGCGGCGGCCGCGGGCGCACAGGUUCGGCCCCUUCCGGCCAACCCGGUACCUCUCAAGCUGUGCCCGGCGGCCGAGCAGGUCAGUCCGGCCGGGGCGCCCUUCGGCACGCGGUGGGCUUUCCAAGUGCUCAGUCCCGCGGCGGACGGCGCCAGGUUGCCAGGCCGGGCUCCAGGGGACCGAGACUGUACCUUCCAGCCUUCAGCGCCAGCACCCUCCAAGCCUUUCUUCCUGAGCGCCCCUCCGUUCUACUCCGCGUGCUGCGGUGGGUCCUGCCGGCGUCCUGCAUCCCCCACUGCUUUUCCAAGAGAAGAGAGCACGCUGCCCCUCCUUUCACCGGACUCUCAUUCCAAAGCUCGGAGGGGUAUUUUGAGAAGAGCUGUCUUUUCUGAGGACCAGAGGAAGGCUCUGGAGAGAAUGUUCCAGAAGCAGAAAUACAUCAGCAAAACAGACCGAAAGAAACUUGCCAUCACCUUGGGACUAAAGGAAUCGCAGGUGAAAAUUUGGUUUCAGAACAGAAGGAUGAAAUGGCGGAACUCCAAAGAAAAGGAAGUGCUUUCCAACAGGUGUAUCCAAGAAGUAGGCCUUCAAGAGGACCCACUCGUGCGACCUGCUCUGGGUUUCCCUUCUCCGUGUCCUUCUCUCUGGGAAAUCUCCCAACAGCAGUCAAGUCCAAGAUGGAGAGAGAAUUCGCCAGAACCUUCAGAGAGACUAAUCCAGGGGAGUUCAGAGGCAACAUCUGCUGAAGCUGAUUUACUACCAGGUGCCUUGUAUUCAUGUCCUGAUGAAGAAGUGGGAGGAAAGGGUUUACUUACAGGGGCUGUUUGAAUGGAAGGAUUCCUCUGCAAUAAUUUAAAAAAAACCUCUGAACUAAUUUUUGGACUCUAAAGCCAGCUAGCUUGUGCUUCAUCAGUGCCUAAAACCUAACACCUUUGGGGGGAUGCCUGAACUAAUGCUUUAGGAAACCUUCUCCAGUGUUCUCUUAUUUGGGUCCCAGACUCAUAAUUUGUCAGUUGACUAGAAUCUACCAGUAGGUACAGUGGAACUGAAAAAAAUGAAAAUAAUAGUUGGUUCAGUCCUUGCUCCAAGUAUGAGUAUGUAUGUGUCUCUAUCUCUCUGUGUGUGUGUGUGUGUGUGUGUGUGUAAGUAUUCAUCAAAAUGCAUUAGUGGAAAUUAGUUCCUCUUUAAAUAUUACAUUGAAUAUUGCAUUGAGUGAACUUUCACCUUUUAUAUAAAGAAAAAUAAACCAUUGACCAAAUGUUAUUAAUUUUUGAAAAUAAUGGAAAAAUUUGUCCAAAUUUUCAUACAUUGUAUUUCUUAAAACUCUAUUUUCUUGUUUCCUUCUCUACCACCUGUGAAUGAAUUUGAACAACUCAAUUCAGCAACCUUAAUCAAAUGAGCUACUGUUACAGAAAUACACUGAAAGUAUAUAUUUAAAUUAAAUAAACAAGUCAGAAGAAAUUCUGAGUGCAACUGUUAGUAUCUUAAUUGUCCUGUCUUUGGACUUGAUUAGGCUAUAAGAAGUUACCCAUUUAAUUGAUGGUUUCUUCUCUGUAAGCGUGGGCCUUUUUAGACAAGGUUUGAGAAAUAAAAUGCCUAUAAGGGCCUGUUGGGUAAAUAGAGGGCAUGACCCACCUGAAGACAUUUAAUAAUUUUUAAGAUACUGUGUUGGCCAAAUAAAGUUUCUGUGCCAAGCAGUUUCUGACCUCUGGCCAAGAUUAAAGAAGUGUCACAGUUCUUAAAAUGGUCCCAAAUGGACUUCAAAACACAGUAAUGAUGGAAUCUAUAGUAAUUUCUGCUUGCACUACUAGUAAUAUAGUCAAUUUUCCACUUAGGUGGUAUACCUUAUAUAUAUUAGGUUAUUUUUAUGUAUUAACAAACACCACACAGAUGUUUUCUGGUUUUUGACUACCCUGACAUAGUAUUAUCAUAAAAUUGCAUUUCUGGUAACAAUUUGCUGAGUUAAUCUAGAAAUUUUUAUUCCUGGUCCAAGAAAAAAAUAUGUUUCACUUUGAAGGAAAUGAAGCAGAAAAAGGAAAUGAUGUGGUUUUGAAUUAGGUUAUUAUUAAUCUAUGGACAAGAAACAUUAGAAGUUCAUGCUGUGGAAUUUUGUUCGAAAGCUACAUAAAGAAAGUGGCUUCUAAUUUGCUUAUGUUCUUAGCUGUAGACUUUGAGGGUUUAGGGUUAGAAAAGGUGCCAUUCUCAGAAGUGACAGUUUUAGCCAGGAAAUUAUUUUGUAUAAAUGGAAUUUGAAUUGCUAGCCUGUAUCUUUAUCAUGAAAUCCUAAAAAUCAUCUCAGAAGUUUGUCGAAGUGCCUUCCUUGUGGGGAAUAGUGGCAGGGAUCAAUUGAUAUUAAUUCAAAUUUUAAAACCUGUCUGAAAAUGAUUAAUAGUACAUGGUUUCUUUUCUUUGUGUAAUGUUAACCUCAUUUACGUCUUUGGGUCCUUUCUGAGUGCUGGAGACUGUGAUUGGAUUAUCUCAUUUAAUCUGCUUGACAGUAACCUUUAUGAGGGAGGAGUUAUUACUUCCAGGAUUUCUAUGACCCCCACAGCACCUGAGGCUGUGGUUAGGUUAGGGCAAUUAUCCAAGACUAGGACAUUAACAAAUGGACUCUGGCCCUGGCAUUCAAGUUUCAAAUCUUGAAAUCUCACCCCCCAUUUGGGAGCACAUUACCACUUUGGAAUGUAUUUUUCCUCUAAAGGAUUCACUGUCCCAGAGAUGUUUAAGAGAUUGUAGUGAGAUUUAUUAAAGCAAUUCAGAAGCACAUUGUACUUACAAUGUCUUACUUAGAGAAUGGUUUUCCCUUUAGUAUUCUCUCUAUUUUAUUUUAAAGUUCAGGUAAAGAAUUGCAAAGUAUAGAGAGAAUAGUUCCAUAGGAUUUAAUUGUGAGGUGGAAAAGUAUUUUUUGAUCACACCCUGCUAAAGCCAUGAAAUGCUUACCAGUGGUCACUGUUUCUUGAGAAUAACUUAAAAACCAA